UCAUCGCGGCUCUCCUCAACAGAAACAACUGCAGCAACUUGUUGUAGCUUGGAAUUUUUAUUGCGUUUCAGAGUAGCUCUAGCGGAUCGUAGACGUUCGAAAGGUCGGGCACCUGUGAUUCUCAGUAGAUUCUUUGUGCAUUAGCGGCAUACACAGCAAAAACAUGAAGACGUUUAUCGGUUUGGUGCUCGUGGGCAUGGCCAUGGCAGCCCCCCCAGCAUCUGGCGGCCCCGAGGCCGGAAAGCCACCUACGAUCGAGUGGGGUAAAUGCAGCCAGCUAAAGCCUUCCGACAGUGAGCGCAUGACGAAAGCUGCCGUUGUUGAGAAGUGUGUGCAGUCUCUACCACUUCCCGAGGCUGGUAAAGCUUCGCAGGCCGAGAUUGAGAAGCAUCGUGAAGAUGUGACCACCUGUGCCCUUAAGGCUGAAGGGUGGUUCGAUGACAAGGGUGUUUACAAAUUCGAUCGCGCUCGUGAUGAGAUUAAGAACAAGAAGCUUGCCAGCGAUAUUGAGACUCCCGUUUUGGAGAAGCACGCCGAGUGCCAAAAGGAGGCUGGUGAGAAGCACACGAGUGACUAUAUCAAACAGGUUCAGCUGUACCAGGCAUGCAUGGACUUCAACAUCUCGCAAAUCUGCGGUAUUAAGGUUGUAUCUUAAUUCAUAUUGGCAGGUUUCUACUAAGUCACUACAAGGCUGACAACUAUGUCGACCAAAGAAGUAUGAUUGACUGAGAAUAUGGACGAAUGAAUUUCAAAAAGAUGAAUAGACGAAGGCAUGGAGAGCCAAUGACUUUUGCUUGUUAGUCCAACUACAACGACAUUUGACAUUUUCUAGUAAAGACGAUAAUAAUUUUGCACGUCACCGAAAGAAUAACUGAAUAUGACAGUUCCAAUAACGACCACAACUAUAAUUACUUCUACAUUAUUGUAGCAAUAAAAAUUAUAGCAAUAUUAUAUGCAAAAGGUAUUUGAUCACGAGUCUCGCCCUUGUCUGUGACGCGCCCUAUUAUAUUGAUUCCGUUCUGACCUAUGCUAUGACUCGGCUCUUAGACUACAUCCACCUAUUAAAAUUCACCAUAUCGGACGCUAGGUGUGUAAAGUCACCUCGGCUGUUACGAAGCGCGAGUGUUUUAGUACUACUCAAAGCGCUAAUAUAUUACCAGAACUACAGGCCAAUUCUCGUGAUGCUGAUUUCACAGACAGAUUUACUUUCACACGCGAAAUGACCAGAACAUGUAAAAACAGAAAUUUACAAUCUGCCGCAAUAUCUGCUUGCCUGCCUGAAUCGGACAAUGAUUCGCAAAAGCACAACAACAACAAUAGCACAAGUGAAACCGAUCUAGCUCGGUCUAGCAACUUGAAACUAUUGAGAAGAGUAUGAUGAAUAAUUUUGUGAGCAACAAUAAAGUAAAAUGCUCAGUGAUAACUUCCAAA